AUGGAGGAACUAGUGAAAGAACUUCCUGAUAGCCACCCCAGGAAGAGUAUUACCACCGAGGAAUUGUUCCUCAAUUCUGACAUAUCCAAGCCCACAGCACUAACGGGUACCCUGAAAGUGCGAGUAAAGGGUUGUCACAAUAUUCUUGAGAAUGUACCUGGUAGACUAAAAGACCCGUCAGUUGUUCUCCCAGGAAAGAGGACACGUCGAGGAAGAUUCUCAUUAAUGAGCCGGAUCAGACGAAACAACCGUGUCUGCAGUCAGAACAUCCAAGAGACUGUUGGCUUUUCCAACGAGGUCCGUGCUCAGCUGAAGAUUGACCAGAUUCCAGUGGGUUCAACCAGUUGGAAAACUGUGUCUAAUCCAUCCUGGAAUGAGACAUUUAAACUGGAGUUAAAUAAGUCUCGGGAGUUAGAAUUGUCUUUAUAUUGGCACGAUCGGAGAUCACUGUGUGCCACAAAGACGCUGAAGUUGGAAGAAUUCCUGGUGAACCGGAAGCAGGAACUGUGUCUACAGCUGGAGCCACAGGGCACCCUUUUCAUCAAGGUGACAUUUUCCAAUGCUUCCAUCCAGAAAAGGCCAAAACUUCAGACAAUUCAGAAAUUCUUCUCCAAAAAACAAGAAGAGACCUUCCAGCCCACUGCAGAGGAGGAUACAGCUAUUGAUGUCCUUCCAUUGCCAGUAUCAGACACUGAGAGCGUGGUUCCAUCACCACCAGCUGUCGAUACCGAUGCAGAAAAAAACAUCAAGUCCACAUCAGAGGAGGAUAUAACAUCUGACGUUCUUCCAUUGCCAGUAUCGGACACUGAGAGCGUGGUUCAAUCACUGCCUACUGUCGCUAAUGAUACUGAACAGACCAUCCAAUCAGCUUCUGAGGAGGAUAUAAUAUCUGGCAGUCUUCCAUUGCCAGUAUCGGACACUGAGAGCGUGGUUCCAUCACCGCCCGCUGUCGAUACCGAUAAUGAAGAGAUUAUCCAAUCAGCAUCUGAGGAGGAUAUAGUAUUCAGUAGUCUUCCAUUGCCAGUAUCGGACACGGAGAGCAUGGUUCCAUCACCGCCCGCUAUCGAUACCGAUACUGAAGAAACUAUCCAUUCAGUAUCUGAGGAGGAUAUAGUAUUCAGUAGUCUUCCAUUGCCAGUAUCGGACACGGAGAGCGUGGUUUCAUCACCGCCCGCUGACGAUACCGAUACUGAAGAAACUAACCAAUCAGCAUCUGAGGAGGAUAUAAUAUCUGGCAGUCUUCCAUUGCCAGUAUUUGACACUGAGAGCGUGGAGUCAUCACCGCCCACUGACAAUACUGAAUCACAAGAGACCAGCCAAUCGGUGUCAGAGGAUGGAGCUAUUGACCUUCUUCCAUUGCCAGUGUUUAACACUGGGAGCCAAGAGUCAUCAUGGUCAAUUAGCGUUUCUCCUGUAGUAACAUCGGACACUGAAUCUGAACCAGAAGAGUCUCCUGUUGCAUAUCAUACAUCUUUUUGCAGCGAUCAGCCAGGACAUCAUAUUAAGAUCCCAGAGAGUCUGUAUCGGGAUUCUGGAGCAGGCCAAGAUUAUUCUAGGGACUACACUUCAAACCAAGCACCAUGUAAUACACCUCAGCAUGAUGGCAGAGUGUCCAAUCAGGAAAACAGUGUCCUUCAAUAUCCGCAACAGUCUCAGGACCCACGCAUUCAGCGAGGAGUUCAACUGAGCCUCGAGGAUUUCCAAUGUCUCUCUGUGCUGGGCAGAGGACACUUUGGAAAGGUUCUACUUGUUGACUACAAACGUACAAACACCACGUUCGCCCUAAAAGUCCAGAAAAAAAGGAAGAUAAUUUCAUCUGAUUCUAUCGACUGUCUUAAAUAUGAGAAGAACAUCUUUCAGACCAUAAGCCGCAUACGACACCCAUUCCUUGUGAAUUUGUUCGCAAGUUUCCAGACUGAAGAUCUUGUCUGCUUUGUGAUGGAAUAUGCCGCUGGUGGAGACCUAAUGUCAACUCUUAAUAACAACAUGGCAGCUUUUACAGAAAGCAGAGCUAUGUUUUAUGCGGCCUGUUGUGUGCUCGGCCUCGAAUUUUUACAUCAGAACAAGAUUGCUCACAGAGAUAUUAAAUUGCGGAAUAUCGUUGUAGACAAGGACGGAUAUGCCAAAAUUACAGACUUUGGUCUUAGCAAACAAGGGAUGGGAUUCAUCGAUAGAACCAACUCUUUCUGUGGCACACUGGAAUACAUGGCGCCGGAAGUAUUUGAGAAAAAUCCAUACACAAGAUCUGUUGAUUGGUGGAGUCUGGGCGUAGUAAUUUAUGUCAUGCUGUGUGGAAGGUUUCCCUUUACAGGUAAAGACAGAGAGAGAGAGAUAUCGUAUAAGGUUGUUAACACUGAACCUGACUAUCCGGAGUUCCUGUCUGUAGAAGCGUUUUCAAUAAUAAAAAGUUUUAUGAAUAAAAAUUCCAGAUCCCGUCUAGGAGCCAGGAUUGGUGCCAGUGCUGUCAAGAAACAUCCUUUUUUCAAAGGAGUAGACUGGAGUGCGUUACUUUCUAAGAAUAUCAAAAAUCAGUUUGUACCAUCCAUUGCCGGACCAGAGGACGUCAGUCAUUUCGACAGAGCUUUUACAACACUGGACCCCAUUCUAACACCACCGGAAGAAUCACCUUUAGAAGACCAAGACCUGUUCCAAGAUUUCGACUGGGUGGCCGAUUGGAUUUGAACAUUGAGGCAGAAAAGGAUG